AUGUCUAACGAAAACUCAAGACUAUGUUGUUUCUGCCGUAAGCUGGAGCCGGUAGACCAGCCCUGUCCCUCGAUCCAGACUCAGUCUACUCCGGCCUUCCCCAGCGCUAUAAACAAUACUACGAAGCCAUGGACCAGAGGUGACGAGGACUUGCUGGAGCAGCUCCGCCAGCACCCAAGCGAACUCUGUCGACGAUGUGCCGAAUUUGACAUCAUUCGCGCAUUCAACGAAGCAAUUCCCCUAGAUGAGAGCCAGAGAGGCAACCUAGAGAAGGCUCAAUAUAUCCAACACGCUGAAAGACAGGAACCAUAUAGACUGCGCUUCGGUCUUUUGUCACAGUUUCACAUGAAGCCUUCUUGCCCGCUAUGUCGGUUGCUCUAUCGACUCGUUCCCAGACCGCCGCCAGAGCAUGAUACUACAGUUCUCACGCUUAUCCCUUACCGAUGGCAUAUUCGACAGGAUCACUGGGAAGGUGUUCCAGAAGAUGACAAGCGAAUGUUUGCAAUUUGGUUCGGUCUUUCAACGCCUGGUCUCGAUAUGUCUGGACCGAGUUUCUUCAAUGCGGGACAGCAGUUGAGAGUUGCUAUGAUGACUGGCGAAGCCAUUGCCCUACACCCAAACUCAUCUUCAGAGGAGUUUUAUAAUGCCAGGGUUAUUGACGGGAUGGUUGAUGUUGAUCUCAUUAAGAAAGGUCUUGAGCAUUGCCAGAGGUAUCAUUCGGAGAAGUGUAAUGCCGAGUUUGACAAAGGUCUGCUCAUUACGAAAAUGCUUGAUGUUGAGACUCGAAGGGUCGUUGACUGUCCUGAUAAUUGUGAUUAUCUGGCGCUUAGUUACGUCUGGGGCGGUAUUCAUCCCGCUGAUGGGGCUUUAGAGGCUGGGAUACUUCCUCAGACGAUUGAGGAUGCUAUCACUUUGACCAAGAAGCUUGGGAAGCGAUACCUCUGGGUUGACGCACUCUGUAUCGAUCAAACCCCCAACCCAACACCCGAGCAAGCAGCGAGUAAAGCCAAGCAACUUCAGCUCAUGCACUUGAUCUAUUACUGCGCCACAAUAACCAUCUUUGCCGUCGCAGGUCCGCGCUCCGACUACGGCAUUCCUGGAAUCUCAAAGCCACGCGUGGGGUCCACACGAGAGCGCAUCAACGGAAAAGAUCUAGUAGUCGUUCCCCCGCAGAUCAUGUCAGAGAUCAAGUCUUCUGUUUGGCAAACUAGGGCAUGGACGUGGCAAGAGGAUGUCCUGUCUACGAGAAAGUUGUACUUGACGGAGACGCAGUGGAUACUUCAGUGUAAUGAGACGCUGGGGCCGAGUGAUUUUGCGGAGGCGCAUGAUACGGCUGUGGAUCUUACUUGGACCACGGUUUCUGGGGGGAAGAUGAAGGCUGGCUACGUCGAGGCUACAAACACCGAGUUCCUGGAUCGAACUUCCUCGAUGUUCAUAUCAGCUGUGACGACAUAUACCUCGCGGUCUCUCACUAACGACGGCGAUUCUCUGAACGCCUUUCAAGGUGGCCUCGCACGCUUCGGAAAACCAGUAUACCCUCAAGGAUUCGAAUGGGGAAUGCCACUGAAAGAAUUUCCGCAAUCAUUAGCUUGGAUACAUGAUCAUACAGUCAGGCCAACACGCAGAGCUGCAUUUCCAAGCUGGAGUUGGGCCGGUUGGGGUGGAACUGUGCAGUAUCCCACUGACCUUACCGAAACAGCUGCUGAGAACGGCGAUCUCAUCCCACGGAUGGUUAGUAUUGACGAUAAGAUAGUUACGCUGGAAGGAUGGACUGUAACACUUAACAUUCGGACUGAACCGUUCAGUGAGGUGGUUGUACCCGGUACUGAUCAGGCGAUUGGAUGCGUUACGGAGAGGAAUUUUAAGCAUAAUAUGACUUUGCCAACGGGGAAGUAUCGGUGUUUGGUAGCGGCGAGACUGAAGAAAGAAGUAUUGAGGAAUGGAUUAGUGAACCAGUUGGUGUUCUUGGUGGUUUUGAGGGGCGAUAAGGAUGUUGAGGUUGAAGAGAGGCAGACGGCUAUUACAGUGAGCAGGCUUGCUAUUGAAGGGAAGGAUUUUAUGGAGUUUGGGCCAAAGAAGACAGUGAUUAAGAUGAAGUAG